UACAUAGCAUGAUGGGAAAUCUCUUUAGCCACUAGAGUGUAGCAUCACCCACCAAACACCAGCUAUUAGUGGAGAGGAGAGAGUGAUGUAGCCAGUUCAGAGAAUGGGAUUAUUAGGGGGUCAUGAUGGAGAAGGACCAAUGGGGGACUUUCACCUGGACACCGGGGUUAUACCCCUAUUCAAUUCAAUUCAAUUCAAUUCAAUUCAAUUCAAUUUUAUUUGUAUAGCACUUUUUACAAUAGACAGUAGCUGCGUUUACAUGGACAACAAUAAUCCACUCUUAAUCCGAUUAAGACCAUACUCUGAUUAAGAUACUACCAUGUAAACAGCAAUUUUUACUUCCCUUAAUCUAAUUAAGGUCAUAAUCGAAGUAAGCUCUAAUGGGAUUAAGACAGGUGGAGUACUCCUGUUUCAGUCGAAUUAUGGACGUAUAUUACAGACACGUAAACACCGUAAUCACAUUCUGAACGUCGUGUGGAGGUUUUCACCGCAUUUUGCGACAGGACAGGUUCACACACGGCAGUUUUACGUUUUACGGCGAACGAGAGAGUUCGGCUGCGUCCCAAAUCGCAUACUUUCCUACUACAGGCCUGCAGUGGGGAAAAAUACAUGUAUCUCGGCUACUAUAUAGACGGUAAUUACGCGAUUUGGGACACACCCACCGCUUCAAGCAGCUGUCUAUUUGCACGUACAGCAUGACAAAUAAUUAACCGCACUUAAAGCGUUCGUAAAAAAAUUAAAUAAAAACUCCUAAAACUGUAUACGGUCCCAUAACGAAGAUCAACUAUAUGUUGAUACGUGAGAUUCUGGAGGGACGUCGGACGGCGUGGCGCGGUGACGUAAUGACGCGGGCUGUUAAUCUAAUUAUGUUCUAGAACAUGUAAAACGGGAACAUGACAGGAGUAUUCUAAAAGCCACUCAUGUAAACGCCUUAAUCACAUUAUUAUCUUACUCAGAGUAAGGUCAAUAAUUAGACUACUGCUGUCCAUGUAAACGUAGUCACUGUCUCAAAGCAGCUUUACAGAAAUAUCAACACGGUGUACAGAUAUUAAAGGUGUGAAUUUAUCCCAACUGAGCAAGCCACUGAGUGGCGAUGGUGGUGAGGAAAAACUCCCUAAGAUGUUAAGGAAGAAUCCUUGAGAAGAACCAGACUCAGAAGGGAACCCGUCCUCAUCUGGGUAACAACAGAUAGUGUGAAAAAGUUCACACUAUCUGUUGUGAUACACCCUAAUCUUUACAAUAAUUGUCCUGGGAUUUUUACCGACCGCAGAGAGUCAGGACUUCUGUUUAACAUCUCAUCUGAAAGACGGUGCUGUUUCUACAGUAUAGAGUCCCCGUCACUAUACUGGGGCAUUAGGUCCCACACAGACCACAGGGUUAACGCCCCCUUCUGGCCUCAGUAAUACCACUUCCACCAGCAACCUUGGUUUUCCCGAGGAGGUCUCCUAUCUAGGUACUGACCAGGCUCAAUGCUGCUUAGCUUCAGUGGGACACCAGGCAAGAACUGCAGGGUGAUAGGGCUCACAUCUGUAAGAGUGGUCUGUCUGGCUCUAGAUGAGAAGUGGUGACAAGAGGAAGUGGAUAUUUUUGACACUUCAUAUACCCUGUGUGUUGGAACAUGUUUCACAAACAACCGUGCUGUGGUCUGUUCUUCAAACUUUUUUUUUAAGUAUUGUAUGUAAUUGUAUUUGUAUUGUAAAAGGAUUUCUGCUUUUCAUGAACAAGAAAUGGCCAAAACAGAAACUCCGCCUCUUCAGAUGCAUGGGAAGAAAAAAAAUCAGCUAUCAUGAAGUCUUCAGCUUCGUCAUGAUAAGACAGCAGCAGUGUUUGUAAUCAACACCCAACUGACCCACGCCUCAAGGACCAGGAUGCUGAGGCGUCGUCUCACUUUAAUUCUUGUCAGUGUUCUUGGAGCUUCUCUGCUGGUUGAUUGCGCUAAUAUACGACUCGCUGGUGGCAGUCACUCCUGCGCUGGUAGAGUGGAAGUCUAUCAUAAUUACCAGUGGGGAACAGUGUGUGAUGAUAACUGGGACAUAAAUGAUACGCAGGUGGUGUGUAGACAGCUUGGAUGUGGUAAUGCUGUCAGCGCUCAUGAAACUGCCCACUUUGGUCAGGGAAGUGGUCCAAUAUGGCUGGAUGAUGUUCAAUGUUCUGGAAGUGAAAGCACCAUCACCCAGUGCUCUCAUAAUGGAUUUGGUAUACACGACUGUGACCAUGGUGAAGAUGCUGGUGUUACUUGCUCAGAGCGUAAUCAGGUCAGGCUGGUGAAUGGUCAGAGUAACUGUUGUGGUCGAGUGGAGAUCCAGCACAAUGGCCGUUGGGGAACAGUGUGUGAUGAUGACUGGGACUUAAAGGAUGCAGAGGUGGUGUGUAGACAGCUUGGAUGUGGUAAAGCUGUCAGUGCUCCUUCUAAUGCCCGCUUUGGUCAGGGAAGUGAACCAACCUGGCUGGAUGAUGUUCAGUGUACUGGAACUGAGAGCUACAUAAAUCACUGCUCACACAGUGGAUUUGGAGAAGAAGACUGUGGACAUGAAGAAGAUGCUGGAGUCGUGUGCUCAAACUUGCAGACUCCCACAUUGACUCGGACCUCCCCAACGUCUGUGGUCUCACCUGGAGAAGUCCUUCAGUUCAGAUGUUCCACACCCAGCCCAACAUGCAUCUCUGUAGACUUCAGUUUGUAUAAAACUUGGACAUCAAUAAAGAAGCAAACUGCAGAAUCUACAACAACAUUUACUCUGACUGUAGAUGCCUCACAUCAGGGCCAGUACACCUGUGACUACUCAUACAGGGAAAGUGCCUUUUCAUCAUCCAAGAGCAGCUCUAUCAGGAUCACUGUGGUGAACCUGCAGCAGCCCAAUAUCUUCUUCAGUGCUGCUGGUGGACCAGAAGUAACAAGAGGCUACGGCUUCUCCAUAAUCUGCUCCACUGAACCUCAGUAUCCAGGAGGUUCCUUCCACUUGAAGUUCAGUGGAUCCAACAUCAUCAUGACUCAGUCGGCUGUUAACCACUCAGCCAUCUUCCUGUUUCCUGAGGCAGAUUUUGUCCAUCAGGGAAACUACAGCUGUGCUUAUGAAGUUAACGUGUCUUCACGCACCUUUACCUCCACUACCACUGAGCUGCUGGAAAUCACUGUGAAAGCAUCUCUGGCUCCCUACAUUGGUGUUGGAGUGACAGCAGGACUGCUUCUCAUCUUAGUUCCAGUCAUCAUUUGCUUUGUGAAGACACAGAAAAGACAGAAAUGUCAGAUGGAUAAGACAAAGGAUUCACAGCGUGCCAAAAACACACAUGAGAGUCCCCAAGGAGAGAUUGAGACAGAUGACGAAGCUGAUUAUGAAAACGCAGAAACCAUUUUCCACCAGAAGGAGGACUCAGAGGACUCGGAUAAUGAUUACAUUAAUGUUGAUGCUGAUGAACAAAGAAGUGAUGUGGACAAUGACUAUGAAGAUGUAGAUAUUUAUGCAAACUAUGUAGCAUAGAGUGAAAAAAAACAAUUAACAAAUAUCCACAGUGCACAAGCAAUAACAUGGUUAAAUUGGAUCAUUUUCCAUUGUUAAGAUAUAACCACUGUUAAUUAGAGAUGGUUUAAUUAACAUGGACUUCAGAGUCAGUUUGUUAUUUACUCAUUAGUCUUUUCAGAUAUAAAUAUAUUGAAAUUUUUAUU